CAACAAAAAAUUUAAGCCAUGGGUCCUCUUAUGGAGCUUAACCUCCUCUUCUACUUCCUCCUCCUCAUCCAGUUAUUCCCAGCACCAACAUCAGCCUUUCCAAUAGCGAAGACUGGUUGCCAAGAUACCUGCGGUAACCUCUCAGUUCCCUAUCCCUUUGGCAUCGGCCAAAGCAACUGUUACAGAGACCUAAGCUUUGAGGUAAUCUGCAACGACACUCAUUACAACCCUCCAAAACUGUUCUCCGGCAGCUUUGAAGUCCUAAAUCUUUCAUUACAAGGCCAACAGCGCGUAUUGGAUUAUGUCAGUAGAGAUUGCUACAACUCACAAGGCAAUUGGACUUCUGGCAACUCCCCUUAUUUUAAUUUGUAUAACAACAGUUUCUCCAUCUCCGAUACAGAGAACAAAUUCACAGCUAUUGGUUGUGACACUUACGCAUAUAUCUAUGGCGCUAGAGGUAAAAACUUCGGGAGUGGAUGUAUCAUGUCAUGCACCAACAAAGAGGACUUGCUCAACGGUUCCUGCACAGGCAUCGGCUGUUGCCAGAUCUCCAUUCCAAAAGGGUUCAGAUACUUUAGCAUAAAUGUUGAAAGCUACAAUAACCACUCCUUCGUUUAUAAUUUCAAUCCUUGCAGCUAUGCUUUCGUCGCUGAAUCCAAUUGGUACAACUUCUCCAUUUCCGAUCUCUUGAAUUUCACCAACGAAAUGGAUGAAACAGGUUUUGCGCGAGUCCCCCUCGUGCUUGAUUGGGCCAUAAAUUGGACAAGUCAGAGCAAUAAAUCUUGUGAAGAAGCUACGAAGGACAAGAACAGUUAUGCAUGUGGCAUCAACAGCAUCUGCGGUGUCUCCAAGAAUGGUCUUGGCUACAGUUGCAACUGUUCUCAAGGUUAUCGAGGGAACCCUUACCUUCAAGAUGGGUGCCAAGACAUAAAUGAAUGUGCGGAUGAUCCCAAUAAUACUCCCUGUACCUACUCUUACUUAUGCACCAAUCUACCUGGAACUUGCAAUUGUUCUUGCCCACAAGGUUAUCAAGGAGAUGGAAGGAAAACUGGGAGUGGGUGCACCCCUAUUCCGAAGCAUUUCCCCAUAAUUCCAGUCAUCGUAGGUAUUGGAUUAGGCUUCUUGAUUGUACUUAUUGGCAGUUUGUUGGGGCUUUGUGCACAUCAGAAAAGAAAACUUAGCAAACUGAAAGAGAGAUUCUUCAAGCAAAAUGGGGGUCUCUUAUUGAAGCAACAAUUAUCUUUGCAUCAAGGAUCCACGGAAAGUGCAAAAAUUUUUACAGUUGAGGAGCUAAAGAAGGCAACUGACAAUUAUGCUGAGAAUAAGAUCAUUGGUCGAGGAGGCUUUGGUACUGUUUACAAAGGAAUUCUACCUGAUAAUAGAAUGGUUGCCAUUAAGAAAUCAAAAUUAGUGGAUGAAAGUCAAAUCGAGCAAUUCAUAAAUGAGGUGGUUAUUCUCACCCAAAUUAACCAUAGAAAUGUGGUAAAGCUAUUGGGUUGUUGUUUGGAGGAAGAGGUUCCUUUGUUGGUGUAUGAAUUUGUUAACAACAAUACUUUAUCUCAUCAUAUUCAUGACGAAGAACGCAAGUCUUCAAUUUCAUGGGAAGAUCGUUUGAGGAUAGCCACUGAAACAGCAGAGGCACUUGCAUAUUUGCAUUCUGCAGCUUCACCACCGAUUAUUCAUAGAGAUAUUAAGUCUACUAACAUUCUCUUAGAUGCUAAUUUUACUACAAAAGUUGCAGACUUUGGUUGUUCCAGGUUGGUUCCAGUGGACAAAACUCAGUUAAGUACACUAGUGCAAGGAACUUUGGGCUAUUUGGACCCCGAGUACUUUCAUUCAAGUCAAUUGACAGAAAAGAGUGAUGUGUAUAGCUUUGGCGUGGUCCUCGUGGAACUAUUAACUGGAAAGAUAGCACUUUGUUUUGACAGACCUGAAGAUGAGAGGAAUCUAGCUAUGCAUUUUGUUACUUCAAUGAAGGAUAAUAAUGCUUGGAAGAUUUUGGAAAACAGGGUUCUGAAAGAGGGUAGUGAAGAACAAAUCAAUGAAGUCAUGGAGCUUGCAAGGAGAUGCUUAAGAGUGAGGGGGGAAGAAAGGCCAAUGAUGAAGGAAGUGGCAAUGGAGCUUGAGGGCUUGAGGAGGUAUGCCAAACAUCCUUGGGUUUUACAAAACCCUGAAGAGGUGGAAUCCUUGCUGCCUGGUGAACCAGUAGACUUGCAUAGUCACAAUAGUAUUGGUUAUGAUAGUUUGAGGAGUCGAGAGAUUAAACCAUUGGAAAUUGAUGGGCGAUAAUUGUACAAUUUGCUGCUCCUUAUUCUCCUUGUGUAACAUUUCUUUCCUUAUUGGGUUAUGCGGUAUAAUUAAAUAUUGUAGAGAGUUCAUAGCUUCUUUUUUUGUUAUGUAUAUCAGAGUCUUCUUAGUUUUAAUUACUUAAUCACUUUUAAGGCUUAGUGAGCAUAUGUAAUGUUGUUCCAUUGGUUUAGAUUUUAAUUUGUGUUAAAAGUGGCUUGACUUUGUAUCAAUGAUGGUUUACAUGUUUAGUUCUUAAUUCCUACUGCA